AUGCGUGACGGGCAUCUUGCACCGACUGCAACCGCGAGCAUUAACGCGCAGUUCAGCGUGUACUGCCUAGAGAAGCCAAAGCAGGACGUGAGCGACGGCGACGCAGCAGUGCCUGCGUGCGAAUCAGCACCGACCUCGCCACCGUCAAAGGCGGAUCUUGCAGCACCCCUUUCCUACCUCGAUGUGGUGCAGCAGCUCGACGGCGAUGGUGAGUGGUCCUUCGCACCCUACCCUCGGUGCAGUCGUGGGCAGCUGCUGCAGGUGCACGCCUACUGGGUGGCCGUUCAGAAUGCGGCAGCGCCUGAGACGCGGAAGCCAAGCACGCUGAAGGCCAGCGACGGAGCGUCUGAGGUGCACAAGAGCGAGGUGAGUGCUUCGAUCAGAAGUGCGGAGGAGGCGACUACAGCACCAAGGUGUUCGUGUGACAGGGAUGACGGGUGCUCGGCGAGCUCGUGUCCGAGUGCCGACGCGCUACGGCUUGCCUGUGUUGUUGGCGUCGUGUGGGUGCGUUUAUCAGCGAGAACUCCUUCCACUUAUUCUUUGGUGAGUCGUCGAACACCGCACAGCGGCCAAGUCAGCGCUGGCAGCGCGACCACGGGCUCACCAUGUGUAGGCCUGUGCCACCCUUCUGUGGAGGGUUACAUUCAAGUUGUCGUGACCCACCCACACUACCGGCGUCGUGGGCUUGCCUCAUGGCUGCUCACGCAAUGCUUGGCGUGCACGGAGGCACCGGCGGGUGUGUUCGCCUCUGACCGGCGUGAUGGUGUGGCAUAUGUGAUUGAGCGCUGGCGCCUGCACACAUUGGCUGCGACGCGGCGGACGGCAAAGCGGCUUCGCGAUGAUCGAGCGACCUGGGGGCGGCAGCAGGAUCCCAUACGACCCGGCCAGCACCGUCAAGAUGCCAAUCACUGGAAGUCAGAGGGAGAGUGCAGCGAGGCAGCGGUAGCUGCCACGCUUUCCAUGUACCGUCGACUGGGAUUCCAUGAGCGGCGUUACCUUGCGCGCUACUACGCCGGUGAAAACGAUGCCGUGGAGCUGAUGAAGUUGUGCUUGUGA